AAUUGACAAAGUCACGUGUGCUCAGGGGGCCAGAAACUGGAGAGAGAAGAGAAAAAAAUCAAAAGAAGGAAAGCACAUUAGACCAUGCGAGCUAAAUUUGUGAUCACACAAAAUCAAGAUGUUAGAUUGAUGCAGAAGAUCACUCCGUUCCAAAGGGAAAGUUUUCAUCUCACGAGUUUGGAGCUGAGGGCCCGUGGGGCAACAUGGCCGAAGGCGGGGCGAGCAAAGGUGGUGGCGAGGAGCCCGGGAAGCUGCCGGAGCCUGCCGAGGAGGACUCUCCGGUUUUGCAUGGAACCGGCCACUGCAAGUGGUUCAAUGUGCGCAUGGGAUUUGGAUUCAUCUCCAUGAUAAGCCGAGAGGGAAGUCCCUUGGAUAUUCCAGUCGAUGUAUUUGUACACCAAAGCAAACUAUUCAUGGAAGGAUUUAGAAGCCUAAAAGAAGGAGAACCAGUGGAAUUCACAUUUAAAAAAUCUUCCAAAGGCCUUGAAUCAAUACGGGUAACAGGACCUGGUGGGAACCCCUGUUUAGGAAGCGAAAGAAGACCCAAAGGGAAGACACUACAAAAGAGAAAACCAAAGGGAGAUAGAUGCUACAACUGUGGUGGCCUUGAUCAUCAUGCUAAGGAAUGUAGUCUACCUCCUCAGCCAAAGAAGUGCCAUUACUGUCAGAGCAUCAUGCACAUGGUGGCAAACUGCCCGCAUAAAACUGUUGCACAGCCACCCGCCAGUUCUCAGGGAAGACAGGAAGCAGAAUCCCAGCCAUGCACUUCGGCCUGCCCUCGAGAGGUGGGAGGUGGGCACGGCUGUCCAUCACCCCAGUUUCCUCAGGAGGCAAAGGCGGAGAUCUCAGACCGGUCAGGCAGGUCGCCUCAAGAAGCUUCCUCCAUGAAGUCAUCUGCAGCACCAGAAGAGCAGAGCAAAAAGGGGCCUUCAGUCCAGAAAAGGAAAAAGACAUAACAGUUCUUCUCCACGCAUCGCUUUCUUGCCCCGGUUGGGAAGUCUACCUCAUGCAAGUACAGGGGAACAGUAUUUCACAAACAGCAGCUGACCUGGAAUUUUAACUACUGUUGAGGAACUGUGAAUUUUUUAAACAGACAAAUCACUCGAAGCAAUUUACAUUUGAGCAGGGUGUCAUGUUGUAUGUUAAUUAGAGAGUGAGAUAAUAUGUAUAUCAAAUGUGCAUGUGUGAGAGGGAGAGAGCCUGAGUCUGUGUGUGUGUAUAUGAGGAUUUUAUAUAGGAAUGUAGACAUAUAUAUAAAGAAGGCUUGUCUUUAUAUAUGUGUGUAUGUAGAUAUAAGCACACACCCUCCCUCACGUAAUUGGACAUCACCAAGAAUUGAAAACCUGUGUGAAGCAUUAUAGAUGGUUUCCAAAAUACCCCCUGGAGUUUUCUUGAAAUACCACUUCUUUUAUAU